UGAUUAAUGAAUAAUUAUGAUUUAAUAGCGAUCACGGGCACAUUAUGUGCAUGGAUUAAUUAAUACGUUUGCCGAAUUACACAAGAUGUGAACUUGAGCGUUGAAAUUGCAUUCCAGUGACGAAAAUCAUUUUCUCCGAUAAAUCAUCGGUGUCGGCGCGUAAAUUUUCAUUUACCAAAGCGACAUAUUGCGAAUUAUCGAUGAAUUAUGCUCGGGAGUGAAAGUUUCGCGAAUUCGCCGUGGUGUCGAAGCGACACAUCCUUUAUUUGUUUCUUUUAUUCACUCUGCGAGUAUUUCCAUCGUUUUUUUCUUGCUGAAUAAUAAAUAAAUCAAAUUUUAAAUUAUACAAUCUUUAUUGUUUGUCGAACUCGUCUGCCCACGCAGCAGCCAUUGCAAAAAUUCAAUUUUGAAAAAAGGAAAGAAAAAAAAACUCGCUGGUUGUUGUGAUGUGAUGCGAUUUCGAAUCUGUGCGCUUCAGAUUUCCGAUCUUUCGGAUCGGGUUUCGGAUUUGCGCGCUUUGCGCAAUUACUUGCGUAAUCCCGCCACUUUCAGUUCCAUGUUUUGAAAACAUCUUUUAAAAAGUAGUCUAUGCAAAUCGCAUUGUUCGCAUCUCUUACGUGCGUCCCAAUUUAAACCUCAUUUGCCAUCGACGAUUUGCAUCAAUUUGGAAUUAAUUUCUUUGCGGCGUUCUGGAAAAUCCGCUAAUUUAAUUAAAAAUUUAAUCAGUAGCUUGAAUCCGGAAUGAAUUUAUCUCUCCAUCUAUCAUCGCGGAAUCUUUAUUGUAAUUAAUUAUAUAGUAUAAAUGAACAUGAAUGAAUUUCAAGCGAUAAAUUUUUUUCGCCGACGAUUUAGACAAGCUUUUUGCAGAACCAGUUCGAACCGGUUGGAAUGCUGUGCGCAGAUUUGCGAUAGAAAUCGCGCGGCGGUCAAUAAUAUAGUAAUAAUAAACAACAAUUCACAACAGACAAAAAAAACUCAUUAAACUGGGCACGGAAUGACGCGAUUGAAGAAAAUUGCGCGCGCGCACAAUGCGAUGGUACACACCAGGAAGAAAAACCGCCGGCAAUUUAUUCAAAAGUCAUGCAUGCGUCUGUGCGAGUGCUAACAAUUUGAAUAUUUUGAUAAUCAUGCUCGGCACUUGCGCUAACUGCCCAUAUAAUUUACAUAUUAAAGUUUGAAGCGUAAUACACGAGAGAGCCCAGUAAAAUUUAUGACUUAUUGGUAUAGGCGGCAAUAAAAAUUCUUCCAGUGAGUCAGGUAAGUGCUGUGAAUUGUUGUUUGUUUGAGUUAGUGCGUUGUCACCACGAAUUUCGUAGAAGUCCAGCCGUGAAGCAGUGGUUUUUGGCACGAAAAGGAAGCAAUCGCAGCGCCUCCACAGCCUGCUGCCGGAAACACAGAUUGGAAUUUGCGAGAUAUAAAUCUUCGUAAUCAUGAAAUAUAACUGUAAAUUCAAAUUAAGCCUAUAGAAACAGCUGGAGACAACUAAAAAGAAAAAAAAAACGAAAAAGACAUUCGCCGAAUAGGCAACCCACGUCACAAAUUCGCCGAAAAAGUAAUCCACUUCAUCCCCGACAUGGAGAAUUACAACCCUAGCAUUAACAAUAGUCAGUUGACCUUGAUUGCUGGCAGUGACACAGACCUGCGUGGUCAAGGUGUGGAGAAUCCUUCGAUGGAGAAUGAUGUACCUGCAGACCCACGUCGAGAAUCUUGCUUGGAUUGUUCCAGAAAGGCCAACACAGUAUUGUACAUACCAUCAGACAAGUACGUCAACGGUACCACCAAGAACGACGAGUUCAAGCCGACCGUUAAAAAAUGGAUGAUGGAGAAGACCUCAAAUUGCUUUACCAAGAAGAAUCUCCUGAAACGCCUGCCAAUCUGCGCCUGGUUGCCUGAAUACAACACCACUUCUGGAGUGUCUGAUUUGGUAGCGGGUAUCACCGUGGGUUUGACGGUGAUCCCGCAAGCGAUUGCGUAUUCGAAUGUUGCGGGUAUGCCGCCACAGAUUGGGUUAUACUCGUCAUUCAUGGGAUGCUUCAUCUAUACGAUUUUGGGUAGUGUGAAGGAUUCUGCAAUUGGUCCCACGGCUAUAUCAGGUCUCCUGACCAGGGAAAACGUGCAUGAUUUUGGUGUGGACGGUGCGGUUUUGCUUUGUUUACUUUCUGGGAUCGUUCAAUUGUUGAUGGGAUGUCUGCAACUGGGUUUCCUGAUUGAUUUUAUUUCCGGACCUGUGUCCAUCGGGUUUACCUCAGCGGCCGCUAUCAUUAUCGCCACAACGCAGGUUAAAGACAUUUUAGGUUUGUCGGUCUCAGCGAGUAAUUUCCUUGACGGAUGGGAGAAUAUUUUCAUGCAUAUUACGGAGACACAGCUCUGGGACGUACUCCUGGGUGUCUCUUGUAUGGUGAUCAUAUUAUUUUUACGGAAAUCAAAGGAUUUCCAAAUUGGGCCAUCGGACCCAAAGGAGCGCAAACCCAUCCAUGACUUCCUGGCCAAGUCCAUUUGGUUGAUAUCAACAGCGAGGAAUAUUUUCGUUGUCAUCUUCUGUGCGGUCCUGGCUUACUUCUUCGAAUGCCGAGGAACUCAUCCCUUUAAACUCACGGGGGAGGUGAAACCUGGUUUACCAGAAUUGAAACCUCCGCCUUUUGAAACCACAGUCGGUAACAAGACCUACAAUUUCGUGGAAAUGACCACUACCAUGGGAUCAGCGAUGAUUGUGGUACCAUUGUUAGGAAUUUUAGAAAAUAUUGCUUUGGCUAAAGUUUUCUCUGAGGGUAAAGCAAUUGACGCUACCCAGGAGAUGUUGGCGAUUGGCGUCUGCAACAUUGCUUCCUCCUUUGUUGGUUCCAUGCCGGUGACGAGCGCGUUGUCCCGUGGGGCUGUCAAUAAUGCAUCCGGAGUAAAAACCACAUUUGGCGGAAUCUACACCGGCUUGAUUGUUAUUGUUUCAUUGCAUUUCUUCACCCCAUACUUUUAUUACAUUCCGAAAGCUUCCCUGGCAGCGGUGAUCAUUGCCGCCGUGGUGUUCAUGGUGGAGUUACACGUGAUCAAACCAAUAUGGCGUACUAAAAAAACUGAUUUGAUUCCGGCAACUGCCACAUUCCUGAGUUGUCUCUUCCUACGUCUGGAACUGGGUAUAGCAAUUGGUGUGGGCAUCAAUCUGCUAUCUUUACUCUACGCCAGUGCUCGCCCUUCAGUGGAAAUCGAAAAACUAACCGCAAGGUCCGGAAUAGAAUACCUCUUAAUCACACCAGAUCGAAGCCUUGCCUUCCCUUCGGUGGAAUACGUCCGGGCCAGCGUAUCCAAAGCGGGAGUCAAACACGGAUCCAGUUCCAUUCCAGUGGUCAUCGAUGCCCGACACAUUCAGGGUGCCGAUUUCACAGCAGCGAAAGGCAUCAAACUGCUGAUCGAGGACUUCUUGAAUCGCAAUCAGAUGCUGUUGUUCUUCAACCUAAAACCGUCCGUGAUUGGAAUAUUCGAAGGCCUCAAACCGAAGGGCUUCAAGUACUGCGGGACGUACCAUGAGUUGGAGGAGACGCUACAGAAAUACUCCCCAGGCAAUUGUGGUACCAAUGGCACGGGCCCAGUGGUCGUCGUCAAUUAAAUGUGAUAUUUCGUAUACAAAGCUAAAUGAAAUGUAUACAACCCAAACCUAUCAAUAUAUAGUAAUAUUUUCUACGCUGUCCAAGAUGGACGACUUCGUAUUUUCUAAAUCUAGUUGUAAUGUAAAUAUAAAAUGUAUCUUAUCAUCGUAAAUAAUCUUAAACUUAAUCAUUGUAGACGAAGCAUUCAUGUAGUGAUCUGAAUAAAUUCAUCCAUGGAAUUAGUAAAUAUUUAUAACAAAA